AUGACCCUCAAUCCCGCAAAUCUCAAAGGUCUCGAGCUCAAAACAGGUGCAUCUGCUGGCGAACUCCUCAAAAAACUUCGAAGUUUCCGCGAAAAUCACGGAGGCAUGGAUAAAAUAGCUGAUACUCGGCUGUAUAUCAGCGGCAUGUUCGUGCUGCGACGUACGGAUCUACUGGAAGCCGCGAACAUUACCCAUGUUGUGUCCGUCCUCAGAGGCCGACUGGAUCAGACCCAGGUCGAGAAAUUCGCAUCUGCUGGAAAGCAUUUACACAUCGAAGUUAAUGACGACGAUGACGAGAAUCUAAUUGAAUAUUUCCAAACGUCGAAUGCGUUUAUCGAUAAAGCUAUACAAGAAGGUGGAAGUGUCUUAGUGCAUUGUGCGAUGGGCAUAUCUCGAUCCGCUACAAUCUGUGCAGCAUAUCUAAUCUACAAAAAGCAGAUACCAGCAGAGAUCGCCCUGGAAAUCCUCAGACAGUCACGGCCAAUUAUCUGCCCAAACCUCGCAUUCAGAAAGCAACUUGACAUCUAUUCUGAGAAUCUUGAGCAGGCGAUUCAAAAUCUUGACGAUGUGCCUGCGUACCAGCGAUACUUGUAUAGGAAAGAAGUCGAGCUGAGUCGUUUGGCACAUAAAGCUCCAACCAUCAAUCAUUAUGGGGAGGAUGAAUCUAAGGAAGGAUCGGAUAUGCAGUUGAAGUGUAGGAAGUGCAGGCGUACUCUUGCGCUUUCAAGUUCGUUCGUGGACCAUUAUGCUGCUAGUCCACCCGUUGCCUCCAGCUCCCGCGAUCGUAUUCUUAACGCCGUUGGUAUAAACAAAAACAAUUGCCAGCACCAUUUCCUCGACCCAAUUGUAUGGAUGAGGCCGGAGCUCGAGAAGGGAGAGAUGGAGGGCAAGCUUGAAUGUCCUAAGUGUAGCUCUAAAAUCGGUUCUUACGCUUGGCAUGGAAUGAAAUGUAGCUGUGGAAUUUGGGUAACACCGGCUAUAUCACUUGCAAAAGGCAAAGUAGAUGAGUCCCGGCCUCGGUCGACAUUAUGA